CGGGGUACCCCUCUCAUCCUUGCCCACCCUUGGUCAGUCGUGCGACCACGGCAACGGGCCCCAGAGCUGCAGGCUCACAUCCCAGGGCUGGCUGGGCUCGCGCGCCUCCCGCCCCCCAGAGGACCCCAGGACCCACGCGCCCUGCGCCAGCUCUUUGCUGCCCUCACCCACGCUGUCCCGCACCUGGAGCCCCAUGGGGGGAUGGGAGCUUACCAGAGGUGCACACACUCGCACUUACUUGUGAGCUGGGAUUACAGCACAACUCCCUGGGUUAGCCACUCAGGUAACGCUCAUCUGGGGGAAACCCAUGACUCAGCAAUCUUUGGGGUAAAUAAUUGAACCGCAAACCCAGUUUGGCUAAGCAGUCACAUGGUAACCACAGAGCGCUGCCCGCGGCGGGCGCCAGACCUGCCGCGGCCCGGCUCCUGGCUCCGGCUCUGCCUCAGAACCCGCCGUCCACACGUCCCCACCGGCUAACAAGCCAGAGAGCUCUGGACGUGCAGGCGGCCGGCAGAGUCGGGCCUUGGAGCGCUGACAAGCCAGGGGCCUCGCUACCCUCCCGCCCACCCGGCCUGUGAGGGGCUCCCCAGGUAAGAAUCAUCCCGGGGCCCCGCCGCAGGGCCGUGGGGCCCUCAAAGCCACAGCAGAGGCCAGCUCCCUGGGUGAAGGGGAGGGGCAGGACGAUUCUCGGGUUUUCUCUCCGGCCCCUCAGGCACCAGGCAGAUGCCAUUUUGACAGUCCUCAUGCCACACACCCAGACCCUGGGGGGCUUGGGGGGACCCUUGCGUGGUGAGGUCUCCACAGGAAGGAAACACAACUCAUGACGUCCCCCUAGUGCUCACGGGGGGCUGUGCCUGCCAGGCCGUCCUCCACACCCCAGCGAAACCGCAGGCCGCGUGUCCUGGGCCAGCGAGUGAGAAGUCAAGGACGGGGCCGGGCCCCAGCAGGUGAGGUGCCCUUGGGACACAAGGGACAGUCCCAGACUUGCGCUCCAUGGUGCACCUGUGUGGUCUGAGACCCAACCCAGGAGUGUGCCCCGCGGUCCCAGGUGACGGGGCAGGUGACAGACACCAGCCACCCCCACUUCCCUCCCGGCUGGCCUCGUCUAAGAUCAGCCUCCCAAAGCGCGUCCCGGGAAUUCUGCCCCGAGGACCGGGGGGUAUAGCGAGUGCUGCUGUGUGAGCAGCCCCUCCGCGAGCAAAGAUCUGGGGUCUCCCUAUCUUCAAGGUUCAACAGGGGGCACCAGGAGGCGCUCUUCCUCUAAGCCCCAGGGCCCAUGGUGCAGCGGUGAUGGGAGGGCCGCCGGAGGGACCCAGCCGGCUUGGGUGACGGCGAGGGGGGGCCUCUGGCGUGGACGUGGGCACGGGGAGGUGGGCCGGGAGCAGCGGAGCUGGGUCUGGCCACAUGCGAGUCUGGGUCUCUGUGCCGCCCGCUGACCCCAGCAGGGAUGCCCACCUCUGUUUCAGGUCUUCCCAGGAUGGACGUGUCCCCCGACUGCACGCAGCAGGGCGGGGGGCUGGUGCUGGUCCGCCGGCGGCCCCCAGUGCCCCCGGGCCUGCGCAAGAUGCUUAAAGCCAGGCUGUGGCGGGGCUGUGCCUGCAGCACGCGCGGGGCCUGGGCGCUGGCGCAGGACCUGCUCCCCGCCACACGCUGGCUGCGCCACUACCGCCCGCGGGAGGCCCUGGCGGGCGACGUCAUGUCCGGGCUGGUCAUCGGCAUCAUCCUGGUGCCGCAGGCCAUCGCCUACUCGCUCCUGGCAGGGCUGCAGCCCAUCUACAGUCUGUACACGUCCUUCUUCGCGAACCUCAUCUACUUUCUCAUGGGCACCUCGCGCCACGUGUCCAUGGGAAUCUUCAGCCUGCUCUGCCUCAUGGUGGGCCAGGUGGUGGAACGCGAGCUCCUGCUGGCUGGCUUUGACCCUGCCCGGGACGGCCCGGGGUCCGGGGACAACGGCACCACCCUCAACGCCUCGGCCACGCUGGUGCUCAGGCCACGGGACUGCGGGCAGGACUGCUACGCCAUCCGGGUCGCCACCGCCCUCACGCUGGUGGCUGGGAUUUACCAGGUCCUCAUGGGCGUCCUCCGGCUGGGCUUCGUGUCCACCUACCUCUCACAGCCCCUGCUCGACGGCUUUGCCAUGGGGGCCUCGGUGACCAUCCUGACCUCCCAGCUGAAGCACCUGCUGGGCGUGAGGGUCCCACGGCACCAAGGGCCGGGCAUGGUGGUCAGCACGUGGCUGAGCCUGCUGCGCGGCGCCGGCCAGGCCAACCUGUGCGACGUGCUCACCAGCGCCACGUGCCUGGCCGUGCUGCUGGCCGCUAAGGAGCUGUCGGACCGCUGUCGCCACCGCCUGAAGGUGCCGCUGCCCACGGAGCUGCUGGUCAUCGUGGCGGCCACGCUGGCGUCCCACUUCGGGCGGCUCCACGAGCGCUUUGGCUCCAGCGUGGCCGGCGACAUCCCCACCGGGUUCGUGGCCCCCCGGCUGCCCGACCCUGGGCUGAUGCGGCGCGUGGUGCUGGACGCCGUGCCCCUGGCGCUGGUGAGCUCCGCCUUCUCCGUGUCCCUGGCGGAGAUGUUUGCCCGGAGCCACGGCUACUCCGUGCGAGCCAACCAGGAGCUGCUGGCCGUGGGCUGCUGUAACGUGCUGCCUGCCUUCUUCCACUGCUUCGCCACCAGCGCCGCCCUGUCCAAGAGCCUGGUGAAGACGGCCACCGGCUGCCGCACGCAGCUGUCCAGCGUGGUCAGCGCCGCCGUGGUGCUGCUGGUGCUGCUGGUGCUGGCGCCGCUGUUCCGGGACCUGCAGCGGAGCGUGCUGGCCUGCGUCAUCAUCGUCAGCCUGCGCGGGGCCCUGCGCAAAGCGAGGGACGUCCCGCAGCUGUGGCGGCUCAGCCCGGCCGAUGCGCUGGUCUGGGUGGCCACCGCGGCCACCUGCGUGCUGGUCAGCGUCGAGGCGGGGCUGCUGGCGGGCGUCCUCCUGUCCCUGCUCAGCCUGGCUGGCCGCACGCAACGCCCACGGGCCACCCUGCUCGCUCAGAUUGGGGACUCGGGCUUCUACGAGGACGCCGCGGAGUUUGAGGGCCUGGUCCCUGAGCCGGGCGUGCACGUGUUCCGCUUCGCGGGGCCGCUCUACUACGCCAACAAGGACUUCUUCCUGCGGUCACUCUACAGACUCACGGGGCUGGAUGCGGGGACAGCGGCCACCGCGAGGAAGGAGCGGGGCCCGGAGGCCAGGGUCGGCGAGGGAGACCCCGUCGAGGGCACGGACCCGGGCCCAGCCAGCAGCACGGCCGCACGGCUGGUGCCCCCGGCGGCCGGCUUCCACGCGGUGGUCAUCGACUGCGCUCCGCUGCUGUUCCUGGACGUGGCCGGCGUGGCCGCGCUGCAGGACCUGCGCCGAGAUUACAGGGCCCUGGGCAUCGCGCUGCUCCUGGCCUGCUGCAGUCCCCCGGUGAGGGACACCCUGAGGAGAGGCGGGUUCCUCGGGGACGACACGGGGGACGCGGCCGAGGAGGGGCAGCUGUUCCACAGCGUGCACAGCGCCGUGCAGGUGGCCCGAGCCCGCCACGGGGAGCAGACGGCCACCGACUCCACCCUCUAGCGCGGCCGGUGCCCGACGCCAGCCUGACCGCCCUUCCGGGAGCCCUGGGCAGACAGGCUCACGCCGUCGGUCUCUGACAUCAAUGAGCACAGUCGCCACUGCCCCCCCCCCCCGCCCCCGCCCCGAGACCGACGCUGUGCCCUGGAAGAACCAGGGAACACACAAAGGACUCGGACACUUGAACAUCCAGGAACUACGCCUUUGAAACAAGCCACCACAGCCACCCCGGGCCCUGGUGCUGUGUGUACUCGUGCCGCAGGGUCAGUCCGACGCUGGCUGUCACCGGCUCGUUUGAACAAGGGCCCGAGGCAAUCGCGAGGCCUCCCUUGGCCCGCCCGGCCCCAGUCCCACUGGCCACAGCCGGGAGGGUCUGUGUCUCUGGGAGCCCUUCAAACACACACCCAAGUGCUCCUUACAUCUCACGCCUCGGCCAGGCUGAGCUUUGCAAGGCCAAAGGUGGGCGUGAUCGACCCAAGUCCCGCUCAGCCUUUGGGCGGCGCUCCUGCAAAGCCUGACCCGAGGACACGGGGCACCAGGUGCGUGGGCGCACGCUCUCCGGGGCUGGCUCCAGCCACAAAGCUGGCGCAGUGGGACACCCACCUGACCCCGAGCCUCCAAGUCCUGUCCGGUGGGAAGCCAGCUGUGCCCAAACUCGGGUCUGCCCCGGGAGCCCCCACGGCCCCGCGCGGCCUCCUCCACCGAGGACGUUUUGCCAGGAGGCGUCAGGGCAACAGGACACCCCCUCCGCUCUGCCCCCAUCACAGCCCACACGGCACCACACUGUCCUCCCGGACGCUGCCUCCUCUCGGCCUUGGUCUUCGUCUCCAGUAAGGGGGCUCCGCCCAGCUGCCCCCAUCACUCACCUGGCUGUGAUGAGCUCCAGCAGCCAGUGGGUCCGGACCUGCUCGAUGCCGC